AUGAGAUUGUACCUGCUCUCUUCUGCCUGCCUCCGGUGUUGUGCCUCGCGACUCACACCGUGAUUAGCUGUGCCUACCUCCGACGUCGAUCUUCGGGACUCACGUCGGAAUUGCUAAAACAUCCUUAGGGAAUAAAGUUCCUUAUCCCUAUCCUGUCUCCUGUGGUCUGCUCUUGGGUCCUAACCCUGUUCUCCCGUGACAGAACAGACUGACCAACAUGGAUCCAGCGAUCACCGGAGCAGCUACGCUGGCUGGACACGGAACGCUGCUGGCUGAACAUCGGCGGAUGUUAAUGGACAUGUCUGAAGUGCAAAGGUCCAUGUCCGCGGAGGUAUCCCAGAUCGGCCUCUUAGUGCAGGACCUGACCCGUCAGGCCAGUCAUCCGCCUGCUCCAGCACCAGCACUCCUCUCUCCAGAUCCCGCCCGGCAGAUGCGGGAGUCCCCCGUGCCGUCUCCGGAUUCCUACGACGGAACACUUGGGAGGUGUCGGGGAUUCCUAUUUCAAUGCCGGCAGGUGUUCGACCGCCAGCCCCAGACAUUUGCUUCGGACCAGUCCAAGAUUUCCUACGUGGUGGGUUUACUACGGGGUAGAGCGCUGGACUGGGCCACGAAUACGCUGGGCAUUAACCAGCCUAGUUCUGUGGAUUAUGGGACUUUUUUGGAGGAUCUACGGAGGGUCUUCGAUCACCCAGUGGAUUCGGAGGACGCGGCCCAGCGUCUUCUCCGCUUACGACAGGGCAGGACGAGUGUAACGGAACACUCCGUGGAUUUCCGCAUUCUCGCCGCCGAGUCCGGAUGGGGAGAGACUGCGCUUCGGGCCGUGUUUCUUUACGGACUGUCGGAAGCCAGCUCCAAUAAGCCCGAUUCGUUGGAGGAGCUAAUGAGACGAUCGGGCUGGAUAACCGGAUGCGGGAGAGACAACGGGAGCGGAGCUACAAGUCUCAGAAAAUAUCGCCCGUGACGUCAUCGUUCCCCAACUUCCGGUCGCGAGUCCCUGAGGCAGCCCAUCAGGGCGAGCGUUUGGGGGCUCGGUCUCCAUGGCCGCUCCCCUCUUCCACCUCGGAGGUGGAGCCUAUGCAGCUCGGCCGUGCUCAUCUCUCUUCUCAGGAGAAGGAGAGACGGCUAAGAGCAGGUGAGUGCCUGUAUUGUGGCCACCUCGGACAUUCAGUUUCCUCCUGUCCAGUUCGCCCAAACGGGGGCGCUCGCCAGUAGUGGUUGGAAUACUGGCGAGCAAACCUGAGCCCUCUUCCAACUCCCUCUCAAGACUGUUGUGUCCUGCUUCCCUCUCCUUACACUCCCGUUCUCUCGCUCUCUCUGGAGCCCCUACUGUCAUGCCAGCUGCCUGAGAUCUGCACUACCCCCUAGGGAACGCCCUCAGGGUAACCUCGUGCCUCCUUCCGACCUCACCUCCGUUCCCUCCGCCUACCACGACAUCGGGGAGGUUUUCAGCAAGUCGCAGGCUCUCUCCUUGCCGCCUCACCGUCCCUACGACUGCGCUAUUGACCUCCACACUGGCGCGUCAUUCCCUUCCAGUCGGUUGUACAACCUGUCCAGACCAAAGAAGGUCUACAUGGAGGAGUACAUAUCGCAAUCCUUGAAGGCUGGAAUAAUUCGCCCCUCCUCGUCACCACUCGGAGCUGGGUUCUUCUUUGUCGUGAAGAAGGACAAGACUCUCCGGCCCUGCAUUGACUAUCGGGAGCUGAAUAGCAUCACCACCCGGAACAAAUACCCCCUGCCACUGAUCAACUCAGCGUUUGAACCUCUGGCUGGGGCCACGAUCUUCACCAAGCUCGACCUCCGCAACGCGUACCACCUGGUGCGGAUCCGGGCGGGGGACGAGUGGAAGACGGGGUUCAACACCCCCCUCGGCCACUUCGAGUAUCUGGUCAUGCCAUUUGGACUCACUAACGCCCCUGCUGUGUUCCAGGCGUUGGUGAAUGACGUUCUCCGCGAUUUCUUGAAUCGUUUUGUGUUCGUUUACCUUGAUGACAUUCUCAUCUAUUCCGCAGAUCUUCUGGAGCACCAGCGUCAUGUGCGAAUGGUCCUCCAACGCCUACUGGAGAACAAGCUGUUUGUUAAGGCAGAGAAAUGUGAAGGUGAAGGUGAAGGUGAAGGUGUGGACAUGAAUCAGUGGGAGGACAGAGAGGAGGGAGUCCCUCCUUCUAAAACCACUCUGGAACAUGACAGCCUCAAAGAUCAGAGACCAGACUCUCCUGGACCUGGACCUGGACCCAGCUGUGUGUCCCUGAAGAGUGACCGGUCUAUGAGAAACCCUGUAACAUUCAAAGAUGGACAUCAGUCUGAUGAACUAAGACCAGACUCUCCUGGACCUGGACCUGGACCUGGACCUGGACCCAGCUGUGUGUCCCUGAAGAGUGACCGGUCUAUGAGAAACCCUGUAACAUUCAAAGAUGGACAUCAGUCUGAUGAACUAAGACCAGACUCUCCUGGACCUGGACCUGGACCCAGCUGUGUGUCCCUGAAGAGUGACCGGUCUAUGAGAAACCCUGUAACAUUCAAAGAUGGACAUCAGUCUGAUGAACUAAGACCAGACUCUCCUGGACCUGGACCUGGACCCAGCUGUGUGUCCCUGAAGAGUGACCGGUCUAUGAGAAACCCUGUAACAUUCAAAGAUGGACAUCAGUCUGAUGAACUAAGACCAGACUCUCCUGGACCUGGACCUGGACCCAGCUGUGUGUCCCUGAAGAGUGACCGGUCUAUGGAACCUCCUCUUGAUUUUAAGAGACAACACCCUCCAGAGACUCAGCCAGACUCUCCUGGACCUGGACCUGGACCUGGACCUGGACCCAGCUAUGUGUCCCUGAAGAGUGACCGGUCUAUGGACUUUCCUCUUGCUUUUAAAAGACAAUCCCCUCCAGAGACUCAACCAGACUCUCCUGGACCUGGACCCAGCUGUGUGUCCCUGAAGAGUGACCGGUCUAUGAGAACCCCUUUAAAAUUCAAAGAUGGACAUCAGUCUGAUGAACUAAGAGUUCAGCAACAGAGAUCCCAAGUGAUCCCAAGAGACCUGGACCCCAUAUUUAAGCUGCUUGAAAAGAACAUUGUCAGCUUUAUGAAGAGCGAGCUGAAGAAGAUGCAAAAGGUCCUCAGUCCAGAUUACCCAGAAGGCUCUGCGGGUCAGAAGGAAGAUGAGGAGGUGUUGGACGGUGAGGAUGAAGAGCAGAGGAGGAGCAGCAGGGAAGCAUUUCUGAAGAUCACACUAAACCUCUUGAGAAGAAUGAAGCAGGAGGAGCUGGCUGACUGUCUGCAGAGCAUGCUGGCAGUGUGCCAACAUGAACUCAAGUCUAACCUGAAGAAGAAGUUCCAGUGUGUGUUUGAGGGCAUCUCUAAAGCAGGGAACCCAACCCUCCUGAACCAGAUCUACACAGAGCUCUACAUCACAGAGGGAGGGACUGCAGAGGUCAAUAAGGAGCACGAGGUCAGACAGAUUGAAACAGCAUCCAGGAAACCACACAGACCAGAAACACCCAUCAGACAAGAAGACCUCUUCAAAGCCUCGUCUGGAGGAGAGGAACCAAUCAGAACAGUGAUGACUAAGGGAGUGGCUGGCGUUGGGAAAACAGUCCUAACACAGAAGUUCACUCUGGACUGGGCUGAAGACAAAGCCAACCAGGACAUCCAGUUCACGUUUCCAUUCACGUUCAGAGAGCUGAAUGUGCUGAAAGAGAAGAAGUUCAGCUUGGUGGAACUCGUUCAUCAUUUCUUCACUGAAACCAGAGAAGCAGCAAUCUGCAGGUUUGAAGAGUUCCCGGUUGUGUUCAUCUUUGACGGUCUGGAUGAGUGUCGACUUCCUCUGGACUUCCACAACAAUGAGGUCCUGACUGAUGUCACAGAGUCCACCUCAGUGGAUGUGCUGCUCACAAACCUCUUCAGGGGGAACAUGCUUCCCUGUGCUCGCCUCUGGAUAACCACACGACCUGCAGCAGCCAAUCAGAUCCCUCCUGACUGUGUUGGCUUGGUGACAGAGGUCAGAGGGUUCACUGACCCACAGAAGGAGGACUACUUCGGGAAGAGGUUCAGAGAUGAGGAGCAGGCCAGCAGGAUCAUCUCCCACAUCAAGACCUCCCGAAGCCUCCACAUCAUGUGCCACAUCCCAGUCUUCUGCUGGAUCACUGCUACAGUUCUGGAGGACGUGUUGAAGACCACAGAGGGAGGAGAGCUGCCCAAGACCCUGACUGAGAUGUACAUCCACUUCCUGGUGGUUCAGUCCAAAGUGAAGAAGGUCAAGUAUGAUGGAGGAGCUGAGACGGAUUCACACUGGAGUCCAGAGAGCAGGAAGAUGACCGAGUCUCUGGGAAAACUGGCUUUUGAUCAGCUGCAGAAAGGGAACCUGAUCUUCUAUGAAUCCGACCUGACAGAGUGUGGCAUCGAUAUCAGAGCAGCCUCAGUGUACUCAGGAGUGUUCACACAGAUCUUCAGAGAGGAGAGAGGACUGUACCAGGAUCAGGUGUUCUGCUUCGUCCAUCUGAGUGUUCAGGAGUUUCUGGCAGCUCUUCAUGUCCAUCUGACCUUCAUCAACUCUGGUGUCAACCUGAUGGCAGAAAAACAACCAAGACCUAAAGGCCUUGGUUGGUCUAAAGUAUUGAGACCAGAACCUAAACUAAAACAUCUCUACCAGAGUGCUGUGGACAAGGCCUUACAGAGUCCAAAUGGACACCUGGACUUGUUCCUCCGCUUUCUCCUGGGUCUUUCCCUGCAGAGCAAUCAGAUUCUCUUACGAGGUCUGCUGCCACAGACAGGAAGUAGCUCACGGACCAAUCAGGAAACAGUCCAGUACAUCAAGAAGAAGAUCAGUGAGAAUGAUUCUCCAGAGAAAAGCAUCAAUCUGUUCCACUGUCUGAAUGAACUGAACGAUGGUUCUCUGGUGGAGGAGAUCCAACAGUCCCUGAGAUCAGGACGUCUCUCCACAGAUAAACUGUCUCCUGCUCAGUGGUCAGCUCUGGUCUUCAUCUUACUGUCAUCAGGAAAAGAUCUGGAGGUGUUUGACCUGAAGAAAUACUCUGCUUCAGAGGAGGCUCUUCUGAGGCUGCUGCCGGUGGUCAAAGCCUCCAACAAAGCUGUGCUGAGUGGCUGUAAACUCUCAGAGAGAAGCUGUGGAGCUCUGUCCUCAGUCCUCAGCUCCCAGUCCUCUAGUCUGAAAGACCUGGACCUGAGUAACAACAACCUGCAGGAUUCAGGACUGAAGCUGCUGUCUGCUGGACUGGAGAGUCCACACUGUGCACUUGAACACCUCAGUCUGUCAGGGUGUCACAUCUCAGUUGAAGGCUGUUCUUCUCUGGGAUCAGCUCUGAAGUCAAACCCCUCCAGUCUGAGACAACUGGAUCUGAGAGGAAACAAGCUGCAGGAUUCAGGAGUGAAGCUGCUGAGUGGUUUUCUGGAGAGUCCACAUUGUAGUCUGGAGACUCUGAGUCUGUCAUGCUGUCAGAUCUCAGUUGAAGGCUGUUCUUCUCUGGGAUCAGCUCUGAAGUCAAACCCCUCCAGUCUGAGAGAACUGGAUCUGAGAGGAAACCAGCUGCAGGAUUCAGACUUGAAGCUGCUGAGUGGUUUUCUGGAGAGUCCACAUUGUAGACUGGAGACUCUGAGGCUGAGUGGCUGUAAACUCUCAGAGAGAAGCUGUGGAGCUCUGUCCUCAGUCCUCAGCUCCCAGUCCUCUAGUCUGAAAGACCUGGACCUGAGUAACAACAACCUGCAGGAUUCAGGACUGAAGCUGCUGUCUGCUGGACUGGAGAGUCCACACUGUGCACUUGAACACCUCAGUCUGUCACGCUGUGAGAUCUCAGAUGAAGGCUGUUCUUCUCUGGGAUCAGCUCUGAAGGCAAACCCCUCCAGUCUGACAAAACUGGAUCUGAGUGAAAACCAGCUGCAGGAUUCAGACUUGAAGCUGCUGAGUGGUUUUCUGGAGAGUCCACAUUGUAGUCUGGAGACUCUGAGUCUGUCAUGGUGUGAGAUCUCAAAUGAAGGCUGUUCUUCUCUGGGAUCAGCUCUGAAGUCAAACCCCUCCAGUCUGAGACAACUGGAUCUGAGAGGAAACAAGCUGCAGGAUUCAGGAGUGAAGCUGCUGAGUGGUUUUCUGGAGAGUCCACAUUGUAGUCUGGAGACUCUGAGUCUGUCAUGGUGUGAGAUCUCAGAUGAAGGCUGUUCUUCUCUGGGAUCAGCUCUGAAGUCAAACCCCUCCAGUCUGAGACAACUGGAUCUGAGAGGAAACAAGCUGCAGGAUUCAGGAGUGAAGCUGCUGAGUGGUUUUCUGGAGAGUCCACAUUGUAGUCUGGAGACUCUGAGUCUGUCAGGGUGUCACAUCUCAGUUGAAGGCUGUUCUUCUCUGGGAUCAGCUCUGAAGUCAAACCCCUCCAGUCUGAGACAACUGGAUCUGAGAGGAAACAAGCUGCAGGAUUCAGGAGUGAAGCUGCUGAGUGGUUUUCUGGAGAGUCCACAUUGUAGUCUGGAGACUCUGAGUCUGUCAUGCUGUCAGAUCUCAGUUGAAGGCUGUUCUUCUCUGGGAUCAGCUCUGAAGUCAAACCCCUCCAGUCUGAGAGAACUGGAUCUGAGAGGAAACCAGCUGCAGGAUUCAGACGUGAAGCUGCUGAGUGGUUUUCUGGAGAGUCCACAUUGUAGACUGGAGACUCUGAGAUUGGAAUGAUCAGCUGAGUGCUGAUGAUCCAGAGCAUCUGGAGACUGGGACUGCUCCACCACCUCCACCUGGAUUGGAUUUAGUCGACCACACAGCAGAAGACUUUCAAAAGACCAGAAGAAGAAGAAGAAGAAGAUGUCCAGGACACAACAACAUGUGUCCAGUCAGUGUGCAUUUUAUUUUGAAGGUCAUUUCCAGGAAGUCCCUGUUUUAACGUUGGUGAAUUGAAGCUGACUAACCUGCAGUGUGUGUACCUUUAAGAUCCAACACAUGUUGUUAUUUUCUGCAGAAAUAUUAAUCAAAUAUUAAUUUACAAUAAUAUAUAUAUAAUAUUUUAGCAAUUAUGAGAAAAAUUAAAAGAGAGUCAAAUAAACACUUUUUUAUGAAUAAUUCUAAAUCCUAAUGGCAAUAUUAUACUUUUUUAUUUGUAAUAAUUAUAAUAUCUAUAUUAUAUUAUUAAUUAAUAUGAAUUAAUUGAUUCAUUAUAAGAAGAAAAUAAAAGCCAGACAGCGAUGGGGAGGUUAUGAUCCUUAUUUUAAAAUGAAUAAUAAUAACACAUUUUAACCUCACUGCACAAAGUUAUACUUUAAACUCUAAAAUGUUGUAGGUUCAAUCCAUUAAAAGUACUUUAGCAUCAUGAUUUGAUCACAUGAUGAAAGAAGAGCUGUUGUUAAAGUUACACAUCAAAUACUCUGUUAGUUAAUGAUGAUGAUAAUACUAAUAAUGUAUAAUUAGUAAAUCAUUCAGUCUGUGUUCACCUGCUGAAGUUAUUUACAUUUGAUCUUCAUUUAAAGGUAUUUAAUCAGUUUAAAUGUUUCAUUCAUUUCUUUUAUUUAAUUGGGGAAUCAGCAGCUGGUUGGUGAACGUGUGAAUGCAGAAGGGAAUUCUGGGUGUGAUGAACGAGUGAAAACACAUUCAUUAUCAUUGACUUUUGUUCUGUGCAGAUAUUCAUGUUCCCCAGAGGAUGAACCCCACUAUUGUUGGUGAUCCUCUUACUUUCCCUUUAAUUCUAAGGUCUCCAUCAAAAUAUCUCAACAAAUAUUGGAUAAAUUGUCUUAAAGUUUUGUCCCGAAAUUCAUGUUCCCCAGAGGAUGAACCCCACUACUAUUAGUGAUCGUCUUUCCUCUAGUGCUACUAUAACGUUAACAUUUUAGAUAUCAAAGUAUUGAUUGUGGUGCCAUAAAGUUGUGUACAGACAUUCAUGUUCCCCAGAGGGUGAACCCCAAUCAUUAUGGUCAUCUUUUGUCCUUUCAAUAGUGCUACCAUCAUGUUAACUUUUUAGGUAUCUAUCAAAAUAUUGCAAGACAGAUAUUCAUGUUCCCCAGAGGAUGAAUCCCACUAAUGCUGGUGAUCCUCUGACUUUCCCUCUCGUGCUACCAAGACGUCAAAUGUUUAGGCCAAAGUUCCUCAGGGGAUGAAUUCCUUGAUGUUGGAGAUCCACUGCAGGUCAAAGGUUUCAUGUUCUGCAUGCGUUGGCAGAUCAUUUGGUACAGAUAUUCAUGUUCCCCAGAUGAUCUUCAGACUUUUCCUUUUGGGCCGGAAUGACGUUAACGCUUUAUUUUUAUUUUUUAAAGGAUGAAUAAGAAAAUUAUUAAUAAAAAACAACAAAGUUCA